AUGAUUUCAGAUAUUCUAACAACUUUUACAGGUUAUUUGAAACAUUUAUAAGUGAGGAAGCAUUCUUCUAUUAAUGAAUGUGCAGUUCAAUCACUUUAUGGUUUUGUUGAAAUUAAUAUUGAUACUAAACAUCUUUUAUAAAAUUAUUAAAAGGAACUUUCUUUAUAAGAAUAUAAAAUAUUAUUUGAUGGGUACAAUUCAAUUUAAUACUUAUAUUCACUUAUUCAGAAAAUAAUAAUAAGAAGAGAUUAUUAAAUUGAAACUAAUUUAGAAAAACCAAUAUGGUAGGAGAAGGUAUUACGAAAGAAAAAAAUGUAAUAUUUUUUUUAUGAAUUAAAAAAAAAGAAUUGAAUUAUGUUAUCAGCGAUUUGGUUUUGUUAAUAGCAUAAAUCAAUAAUAUUCAUUUUUUUUUCUUUGAAAAAAUGAAAUUCUAAAUGAAAAAUAGAAUUUUGCAUCUUUUUCGUUCAUAAUAUCUUAAGAUAGUAAAAAUAUAGUCAUCUUCGUAUGUCGUGGAAAAAUUUCAUUAGAAUCAAAAAUGA